CAAGACAGGCUAAAAUCACUUCUAUGCAAUCUUCUGUGGAUUUUUUCUUCUUCUUUUUUUUUUUUAGCAAGAUAUCAAAUCAAUACAACUUUUUUCAAGAAGCUGUCAAAUCCUGAUACCCGAGUUUCCACCGGCUGAAAUCGGAAUGCUGACUUUCGUAGUUGGACUGUUGUACCUGGUCAGCGGACGCACGGUGCAGAGCCAGGGUGCUACAGGUAGCCGCUUCGUUUGCAACGCCAUUCCCCCGGGCGCGGAGCCGGGCUGCGGGUAUGAUCCCUCUGGGAACCGCCUGCAGAGCAGCAGCCCGGGGGAGGACGAGCUGCGGAACACGAUCAUUGUGCUCCGGGAGACCAUCCUGCAGCAGAAGGAGACCCUCGUGAUCCAGCAAGGGACCAUCAAGGAGCUCAACUCCAAGCUGGCGCGCUGCGAGGCGGCAGCCGACGAGUCUCCACCCGGCAGGUCCCGGGGUCAGGGCUCCAGGCGGAAGGAGUACGGCAAGAACACGAUGGGGGACCUGCCCCGGGACCCCGUUGAGAGCAUAGACCAACUGGGCAAGACCAUGCAGAGUCUGAAGGGUCGGCUGGAGAACUUGGAGCAGCAGAGUUUGCGUCUUCCCAGCACUAAUGUGUCAGCUGGAAGUGUCUCUGCUCUGACUCCGCUGCCACUGGAGCUGCGGGAGUUGCUUCGGCAGCGCCUGGGGGCGCUGGAGACCCAGCUCCUCCGGAAGGUGGCCGAUCUGGAGGAGGAGAAGAGCCAGCUCUACAAUGAAACAGCGGCCCACCGCCAACGCACCGAGAGCGCUCUCAAUUCCCUCAUGGAGAGGAUCACCGAGCUGGAGAAAAGUAAUAAUGCCUUCAAGUCACCUGAGGAUUUUAAGGUGUCCCUCCCUCUUCGCACAAACUACCUGUAUGGACGCAUUAAGAAGAGCCUCCCGGAGAUGUACGCCUUCACCGUGUGCAUGUGGCUCAAGUCCAGCGCCAGCCCCGGCAUAGGAACCCCGUUCUCCUACGGCGUGCCAGGCCAGGCCAACGAGAUCGUCCUCAUCGAGUGGGGGAACAACCCCAUCGAGCUACUGGUAAAUGAUAAGGUGGCCCAGCUCCCUCUGUCUGUGAGCGACGGCCGCUGGCACCACAUCUGCAUCACCUGGACGACCAGAGAUGGAUUCUGGGAGGCUUAUCAGGAUGGCGAGCGUCUAGGCACUGGGGACAACCUUGCCCCCUGGCACCCAAUUAAACCUGGGGGGGUGAUCAUCCUGGGCCAGGAGCAGGACAUAGUUGGAGGCCGUUUUGACGCCACCCAGGCCUUUGUGGGCGAGCUGAGCCAGUUCAACAUGUGGGACCGAGUUCUGCGGCCCAUGGACAUCGUGGGUCUAGCCAACUGCUCUGCGUACAUGCCGGGCAACGUGGUUCCCUGGGUUGACGCUAAUGUGGAAGUGUUUGGUGGUGGGAGUAAAGCUGCUCUGGAAAUCUGUGAAGACCGUGCUUCUGAUUCCUAGAGGAUCGGAUGUAAGGGAAAUUAGCAUCGCCGCUGGGAUUGAAAAAAGCUAAGUAUUCUGACUGUUUGUUCAUUCAGUCAAAUCCCAAAGAGAAGGGCACCAGCGCAACAAGUUUUAUCGUGCGACCGCACACUCUCAAAGACCUUUGGGACCCACCUGUUGAAGUGUCCAUUCAAUUUGAACCCUGGGGACAUUACAGGAGACUUCAAAUUAUUUUGCUCAUCUGAAGAAGACAUGCUGUUGCAUCAGACUACUGUAAUGAUAUGACCUACUGUCAUUCUCUGCUUUCUCUUCAGUAGCUCGGCUUUUAUUUGAAAACAGCUCUUUUUGGUUGCAUUCCUUAUACUGACAAUGCUGCACUGUGUUUGUGGUGAAUGUGAGCUCAGGCUUUGAUGUGCUGUGGAACAUUAUUCCUGAGUUACAUGGUAGAGUACUACACGCUGUGAGCUUCCUGGCUGUUUGAUGAGGCACCAGAACCAGAAAGCGUAGUGAAAUGAGAUGGAUGCUCCAGAGUUCAAAGUGAACAAGACCAACUCGCUGAUGAUUACUUUGAACCAUGGCAGAAUGUCUAAAUAUUAUGCAUGAGCCCCAGCAAUGAAAAUAAGUCAGUGAAGGAGUGACAGUGCAUGCUUUCUGUCAAUACACAGUGUGUGUAUGGUGCGUCCAAACCAGCCAAUGCACCGCGCUGAUAGCAUUACGUAAGAGUGUGUGUGUGUGUGUGUGUGUGUGUAUGUCUUGCGUGUAAAAAGACCAGAGAUUAUGAGGGAGGGAGGACAUUUUCAUUCUUGUAAAUCUAUGCUUAAUACCUCUCUGCCCCUUGAGCAGCUGCCAUAUCCCAAACAGCUUUAUGGGCUGGCUCUGCUCAGGUUAAUAGCGAUGUCAGACAGCUGCCCGGGACUGGCGUAUCGACAGAGCUGUGGAAGCCUGCCGAGGCCAGCGAGGGCAGGGGCUUGACCUUCAAGGACAAUCCUUAAUUCCUCAUCUGGGUAGUAAUUAUCUGUGCUGAAUAUGUAUGACGGUGAGCAGCUACUGGUCUGCUUGUGUUCCUCAAAGCUAAGUGCGUCAUAAUGAAUAAAAUCUACACAUAAAGAAAACGUUGAAAAAGAGCAGCACCUUGGGCAUUAUAAAUGUCUUAAUUGCCUCUCACUGAACAAAAAGACUAGUUUUAAUGACGUUUAUUUUUAAAGAAUGUAGGAAAUCAAUGGAUUUUAGCACCGCUUAGUGGAUAGAAUUGAUGCUUUUUAUGUUAAUCCUUAAUGUUGUGGUUGACAUUUGUUUCAAUGCCGUUUGUCACUAAAUUAUUGAUAUCAAUGGCGGUGCUGGAGCCCCAAAAGGAAAAGUUUAAAAGAGGCGACAAAAACAUAAACUUUGGUUUCAGCUCCAGAGUUUCUUUUUCUCCUCACUUAGUUAAUAAUAGUGCAAAAGCCAUGCAACAGCCUCUAUCCACGUUAGAAAAAAUGCAGUUGAAUAUAGAUUAGAAAAAUAUGAUGCAGUCAGUAACUGGACAGCGCAGAAUGUUAUAAAAGUGAGGUUCACUUGUUGGAUGUUUCACCAACACAUUGUGAUUGUUCCUCUUUUGAGUGUCUUUGUUAACAAUGUUUCAAUGUCAAAUUCGAGAUGUCUUUCCUGUAGAAAGUGUAUUUUUCUUGCUUUUUCUGCUCAUGAUUUUUGUCCAUUAGCAGCACAUUAUGUAAAAAAAAUGAAGAAGUCAUUAUAGAAAUUCUCUGUUUAUAUGUGAAUGGCCUUUUUGUUAGAACCGUAUGUGCUUUUCGCUUGUGGACGAUUCUAACUUUUUUUGUCAGGUCAUGAAGAUAAUGAAGGACACAAUCAAAAGAAAAAUGUGUCUGCUAUCAUUGAUUCAAAGUCACCUUCGUGUGCAAUUACCUUUUUUGUGUUUUGCAACUUUCUGACAUGUGGUCGAAUGUCCUUUUUCACCCAAUAAAAGAGUGAACAAAUUUCAGAAGUGUGGCAAUUAAAGCAUUGAAUUAAUAACGUGACAGAAUAGCUGAACAGCUGUUUAACCAGUUGAAGCAUGUUUGAUUAAAACAUCAUCAUACUGCAUUAGUGAUGAAGUCAGAGAAGAGUGUGACCCUGCCAAGGUCAUUCAUAAUUGAUGUUCCUUAGUAAGGAAACUUUUAACUUUGAUGGAGAGAAUUAAUAAACCUCACUAUUUCUGAUAUUUCUGGUCUUCUCACAGAGAUGUGUUUGUCUGGUUUUUGUAGACAUAUCGAACAAGAACUACAGUAGUCAUAAUACACAUGCAGGGAUACGUCCUCUCAUCUGGGCAAUGUGAUGUUGUUAGCAGAGAAAUCCUCUGCACUGGCAGCCGUCCAGGUGGAAAUGAAAAAAUGUGUCUGUGGGGAUUAUAGGAGCUGCUUCAAUGUAGGACACUGUGAGCCUUUUUCAUUUCCCACAAUGCUUUGUGUUAAUGCUACGCCAUUGCAUUGGUUGUGACGCACCAGGGGUCCCUAUUUUUUUCAAUAGAACAACAAUCUGAGGCCUCUGAUUUAAAACAAUGUGAAAUAUGUAUGUGAUUUUUUUCAUUUAGCAUAUCUGUACUUUUCAUUUUAAUUGUGUUCAAUGCACAUCCCGAUGUUCUCACAUCAUGUUAAGUACAAAUGAAUUAUUAAAGAAAAUA